AUGCUAGAAUAUAUUUCACGCUCCAUCAUCAUGCCGGGAAGCAGUCUUCGCAAUGCAAUCAGGCGUCGCAACCACAAGGAGCGUUCACAGCCGCUGCACCGCCAGAAGCUCGGUUUUCUCGAGAAACACAAGGACUACGUCAAGAGAGCGCGUGACUACCACAGCAAGCGAGACAGGCUUACGAAGCUUAGGCAGAAGGCAGAGCUGAAGAAUAAGGAUGAGUUUUACUUUGGCAUGGUUGGGAAGAAGACGGAGUCUGGUCAGCAUUUCCAGGAAAGAGGAAACACUCCACUGCCUAAUGACCUCGUUAAGGUGCUCAAAACCCAAGAUAACGGUUAUAUCUACCUGCAGCGUGCAAUUAAUCAGAAGAGAAUAUAUAAACUCGUCGGGAAUUUGUCCAGUUUGGCUAAUAUCAAACAGCUCGCAAACGAGGAGUACAGAAUGGAUAUUGGUUUGGACGAGUACGAGGAAUACGCUCUCAAGCAGUGCAAUCUCAUUCCCUCAGACGAACCCAAAAAAUCUCGCAAAAGGUCUAUUCCUGACUAUGUACCACAUAUUGUCUUUACUGAUGAUUCUGAGCCAUACUUCGAACCCACGAAUCCUGUCCAGGAGGAAGAUGACCACAACGACGACGCUGUAGACCUCGCAGACCUCGGCUGGAAGCUGAGCAAGAAGGAGAAGAAGCGUUCAAAGAAGAAGGAAAGUAUGGCAGUUGAUGAAGAACAUGACGCUGUAGAUGGUAAUGAUGGCUUCGACGAUGUCGUUGUUGGCGAGACACAGCUGAAGAAGACACUCAAUGAACUCACUCAAAGAGUCUUCAGACAGGAUGCAAUGGACAGAGCUGCACGCGAGCUCGAACUGACAAAGGCACUCAUGGGUAAAGGCGCCAAACAGAAACUCGAGAAGGGCCAGAAGACAGACAUUGAUGCUGGCGAGCAGGAGGGCCGUGAAGGCAAGGCAAGAGUAUUCAAGUGGAGAGCUGAGAGGAGCAAGUGA